AUGUAUAAAAUUUUAGUGUUAUUAACGGUCAUAACAGUUGCACCGGCAGCUGUUAAACGUGAAGAAUAUGUAGCACCAGUUGGAAGUGGCAGUGGAAGUCCCUCAUCAGCAAACAGUCAACCCGUGUACUCGCCAUCAGCUUCUUCAGGAAGCUAUAGUUCUGGUGGUUCGAGCGCUUACAAUACAAAUGCCUAUUCAUCGCGAGAUAGUUAUUCUGCCAAUUCUGGUGCCAAUCAAUAUACUUCAGAUCACAGUCCCUCUGCAUCAUCUUCCAGUGCAAGCUAUCAGUCCCAACCAUCAUCUCAGGGAAAUUUAUACUAUUACUACUAUCCAGUGCAGGAAAAGCCAAAGGAACCGACAUAUCACGCCAGCUCAUCAAAUCAAUACCCAAGUGCUGUCAAUCCUAACUUUGCCGGCAGUGCCUCUGGAAGUCAACCUUCAAGCGAAGGAAGCGCUCACACAGGACUUGAUUCGGCCGCUUCGGGGCAAGACUUGAGCUAUAGUGCACAGGAUUUGAGUUAUAGCGCACAAGGAUUAGGAAACGAUUAUAAUUCACAAAACGGUGCCUCUUAUGACCAACAAUUAAGUAGUUUGGCCUCACAAUUGUCACAAUACGGCUUUGGCUCUAAUCCUUCAUCAUUUAGUGGUGCCUCUCAGGGCUCAUAUGCGGGCAAUAAUUAUGAUUCUUCUUCAGCUUCCAGUCCGACAGCAAGUUUUGGAUCACAAGGAGAAGCACUUCAUUCUGCUUCAUCUCAUCCAAGCUAUACAUCUGCUUCUUCUUCAUCAUUUGGAUCACAAAAUGGUAAUCAAAUCCCAUAUAAUGGUCAGUCAAAUGGAUACAACUAUGCCAACGGUCAGCCAUCAUAUGGUAACUAUGCUUCUGCCAGUGGAUCGCAACCCACUUAUGAAACCUCUUCGAGUGGUUUCCGAAAAUACGGUCUCUCGUCAAUCUUGAUGCCAAUGCUUGCACUGGCAGGUCUUAGUUUAUUGAUUCCUACUGUUACUAGUUUGGGAUCAACUGGUAGAAGAAGACGAGCUAUAGAAGACAACUUAAAAGACUCAACAAUGAAUGGAUAUAUCGAUAGAUUAGAGAAAUAUUACUCAAUAUAUAGGACUGCCGUCGAAAAGGAAGAAUGCAUGAAUCGUAUCAUUUGUGAACUCGGAGAUGCUAUGAGUGGAGUUCGUGGCAAAAGUACUGUUCUCACGGUAAUGGAGAAGUUAGUUCCCCAAUGGAUGGUCACCAAAAUGGGAGUCUUUAAGAAUGCGGCCCUUUCUGGAGAGUCGGCUAAAUGCAAGAAAUAUAUUUGUUGAGACAUUUGACA